CGCACCCAAGCCCUGGAUAUCAGACCGAACGAUGGCACUGCUUGUAUCCCAGCCGGUCCCGAACAUAACUUGAUGCGACGAAUUGUCAGACGUCAAGUGAAGGUGAGCGUGCAAGGUGACCGUGAAGUGUGGUGGACACAAAGCGCUAAGGAAGUGGAAGAGGUCCAGAAAGUCGGUAACGAACUAGGAUUAUUUCAGUUGAUCCGUGCGACCAGUCCCCGGGAACCACCUGUGAGCGAAACCAUCAAGGGUUGGAAUAGAGUGAACGUCUCGAAUGAAGAUGAACGCAUCAUCAUCAUCAUCGACAGCAUGACAUCAGUGUUCAACAUUGAUGCUUCACUGCGCAUCGCUUGCCUAAACCUUACUUUCCCUCUCGAUGUAUGUUGUGUCUCCGAAGCACGUAUACAAGACCCCACUUCGGUCGUGCUCCUCAAGCCGCUUAGGACUAGCCCAGGUGUUCCACACUUCAAUCUUCGGGUAUCCGGUAAUUGUGACGCAAUAACUCGUGGUAUCUACGGUGUGGUAGUUGCACUCAUCCCCAAGGCUGAAAUCGCUCUACUGGACUGGAUCCCAGUAAACGGUCGCCUUUGCGCUGUGCGGUUGUCUAGCUCAAUUAAGAUUAACGCAGGUCGAUUUGAUGUUUGCUUGUCGUAUCAGCAUACGCCCCAAAAGAUAGCGGUUCUGAGACUGAGAAGGCCUACCGUAAUUUCUGCCAGCAUGUACUGUGAAGAACUGAGCAACUCCGUACAAUCUAUCGACCUGCACGACAGUUGUGGCUUGAGAAAAAGAAAUACGGACACUUUAACCGCCCACGAAGACUCCGAGGAAACGACAAUAGCAAAAGUAGGCCCACCCAUUCUGAUUCUUCUUAUAAUUCAGCGAGAAGGGAAACCAAUUCUACCGCCUGGUUACCAGCUUUCCCACUGUUUGGCUGAAGGUGGGAUGGGUCGGGUGUUCCUAGUGGUCAAUCCGGAAACAAAGGACUGUCUGGCGGCUAAAGUCGUCAGCGUCUACGGACGCAUGUUGUCGAUGAAGAACGCAGAAGAAAAUGUGGCAAAAAUUCGUGCCGAUCUACGCCAAGAAGCUGAGUUGCAGCGCCGUCUAAAACACCAUCAUGUUGCUACCGUUUAUGGAAUCCGGAAUACACCAUCUUUUACUUUCAUGUUCAUGGAACUGCUUCCAGGCGGCGAACUUUUUGAUCGCAUCCCAAUAGGCGUUGGACUUCAUGUGCAACAGAUGUUCAUCUACUAUUCUCAGAUAUUGGAUGCCCUGCAUUAUCUACACACAGACCAACUGAUUGCGCAUUUGGAUGUGAAACCCGAAAAUAUCAUGUUGACCAGAAAGGACCGAGCCAAACUGAUUGAUUUCGGGUGGGCUGUGGAUCUGAGCAAGAACCCCGUACUCAAAGGGCCUGUCGGAACCACCAGUUAUGCUGCUCCCGAGGUGUUUGGCAGAUGGUCAGUGUGUUUCCGUUUUGCUUCCUUUCACUGUUUACGUAUGUGUCGUCGAACGUUUUUUGACUAUCUUUCACCACCCUGGGUAGUCGGAACAGUUCGCGGACGUGAGGAUGUCUUUGACCAGGUGAAUAAGAGAAUGACGGAUGAGGUUGAGUCAUCCAUUUUACCUUGUCACCGUCAUUGGACUGGAUUGUUGACCAAUCGAGUGUUGUAUGCGUGUGCACUGGCAAUCGUGCCUACAAAACUUACACAGUUUUUCGAUCCCUAUAGUGGACCUCCGGUCGAUAUUUUCUCUCUGGGUGUUACACUGCUAACGGCAGUCACUGGCCAACGCUGUUGGUCACGCGCGAAUCCAGAUGUGGACCCCAUCUAUAAACAGUGGGUCGAUCGCCGUGAUUUGCACGCUGGGCCCAUUUUCUCGCGUCUACCCCCAGACUUAGCAAACUUUCUCACCCGUGUUUUGGCUCACAGACCGUCCGAGCGCCUCACGGUUGAUGGGGUUCGAUCUCACCCAUGGUUUCGACGUGGACUUUUGCGGCGGCUGACUCCCGUUGCUCCACCACCGAGACCUGUAUCUACUAACCGUGACACACAUCGAGAUUCUCUUGAGUCUUCGAUAUCCUCUAGAGAUUCCUUACAGCCUGAUGCCCCAGUCCCCUCAUCACAACCCGUCUACACGUGUCUAACACAGGCGGACCCAACCGCGAACGAUCUGCGUUUGUCGCAGCCCGCUGAUAUGACCAGCAUGCUCAUGGCUAGUCAAUCUGCCGAUCCGGAUGACAUGCGACUUGGAUUUUCCUGUUUGAUGAAACGAAUGACCAGAUUCUUCUCGGCACUUUCUUCUGUGGAGCACACCAUGGAGGUGAUGCGAGCGGUUAUCAUACAACGCAGACAGCUACGGCCCAUCUCCAAAGGUCCUGGAAACCUAAUGGUUCAGAUAAGAAACCAAGAUCAUCCGGGUACAGCCUUUCGUAUCCUGCUUUAUCCACUUGCCGGUUCGAUCCUUGCUGAUUGUCGUCGUAUUUCGGGUGACGGCCUACUGUUUCACCAAACAUAUGCUGCACUUUACGCCGACCUUGUGGCAAUGGGAGCGGUAAACGAAUCGCAUCCCUAUUUACGCAUGAUACUCCCGGAUCAGGUGACUGCAGACGCGUCCGGUGAACCGCCUGUUUCUCCCGACCCCACGCAUCCUGGUGAUCAAAAGUCCGCACCCAUGGAGUGCUGACCCCACCCCUAUGUGGAUUUCUACACACUGAUUUUGUACUACUCAGAUGAACCCAGAUUAAGUAUUUUAUUAAAAUUUUCGCACUAUCGUGUACAUGUG